AUGAAGAAGUCAGGAACAAAGCAGCCCGUGAGGCUGUAUGUGCGGGGGAUCGUGCUCGGAUACAAAAGAUCCAAGGUCAACCAGUACCCGUCGUGCUCCCUGUUGCAGCUGGAGGGUGUGAACGACCGCAAAGACACCCAAUUCUACCUUGGCAAGCGUGUUGCCUACGUCUACAAGGCCAAGACGGAGAAGCAAGGCUCCAAGUACAGAGUCAUUUGGGGACGCAUCCGCCGCCCUCACGGGAAUGGCGGCAUUGUGCGCGCGAAGUUCCGCAACAACUUGCCUCCCAGCUCCAUCGCUGGCCGCGUGCGCGUGUUCCUGUACCCCUCAAACAUCUGA